AACCGCGAGGUCCAGAUUCUGGAAACAACCCCCCCGCGGAGGACGUUGCCGAGGUCUCGACGUUGACGAGCAUCCUCGUGUCCUUAUGCGCGAAGCGUUUAAAGGUCGAGAUUAACGUUAAGUGACACUGCUCGGCUGUGACGGUGGGCCCGGCGCGGCGGAGUCGUCGUAUAAAGUCACCUUCGUUCGCGGAGCAACGAGACGACGCGACGUCUCUCGCGAGGGGUGUGUGCGAAAGGGCCGCGAGAGAGAGUAGAGACGGAGAGACAGCCGAUCGAUAAGCACCGAAAAGCGGAGCGGAAAGAGCGGCGGCACGAGUCCUCCGGCCGGAGCGCGGUCCUAUCCUACUAGAGAGAACGCGAUGCUGCGACCUGCGUGCGUAAUCUCUCCCUGGUCAUCACACCUACUUACGUCCAUCGCUUUCACGCGAUGUACGCGCGCACGCGUGCGUAUCCACGCAUAGGCGGGAUGCUCAGGCGGGAUCUUCGUGCUUCGUAAAUCAUCUCCAAAAUUCCAAUACUCGUCGGACGUUUCCCCGAGCCAGGGUGGAAGGGACGCAGCUUUCCCAUCCGGUGUUGCCACGGAAAUUUACUCUGGGAUCUCGUAGUUCCAUGUGCGAUCGAACGCGAAGUGUAAUACCCGAGAUACCCGGGAUCUCCUCGGGUACCUCUCGGACCGAUCGACGUAGUACGAACACACGGUAUGCCCGAAAUUCUCAGACGCAAUAAACCCAUUUGAUAUCGUUGUGAGUGCUAUUUGAUAUCAUCGGAUAGACCUUCUCAAUUGUGGUGGGUUUGGUGCUUCAGAUAAUUAACAAGAAGAAUUGUUAUACACAAAUUGUUACACACGCGAGUCUUACCGAUGCAUCUUGAAGGAAUUGAUACCGAAUUUCGGAUGGCAAUGUGAAAUGGAAGCGAGAAGGACUCUUCCAUCAUACUCUGGGAAAUAAUGGAAGACGAUCAUAUCCAAGGAGGUCCAUGAUAUCAAAACUCAUUUCGCUGCGCUCAUCGUUGUAAAUUUCUCAUCGUGUCGCUAGUACUCUUGAAACAAUCAUGUCUGCUAUCUCCGAAAAGCAGAAUGCGCGAUGUUGCGCAUGACCUCGUCUGAAAUUAUUAAACAGCCACUGGACGAAAUUGCGAAGUAAUGAUCAACGACACGCGGCCGAGGCUGGCGACCACCAUCGCGGGUUAUAGUCAGACGAGUCGCACGUGUAAUCGUCGACAUGUGUCUGUACAUAACGGCGGCAGCGGCAGAUUGUUGUUUGGGAUCGUCCUGAUUUGUUGGUAUAUCACAUUGACAUGCGGCUCUAAGAUCAGCAUGUGGCAUGGAAAGAGUUUUAAAGAUCUUUUGGCGGCUCUACCGUCAAAACACUCACCUCACUAUCCGCAAAUGGGCUAUUGCGACCUCGACACGGAUUGCGAUUGGGCGUGGAAUGAUACCCAUGGUUUUAAGAAAGUUAAAGCGCGCACCAGUCCGUCAAGAGCUUUUCCGAACACGGACGCUAACAAUUCCUCAAAUGGCCACUUUCUGUGGUUCAGCGGCACAGGGGAUGCUCAUAUAUGGUCCAAAUCGAUUCCUCGUACGGGUCCGCGUUGCCGCAUCGAAUUUUCACUUUAUAUGGUGGAAAUGGAAAACGGAUUCAUAAAUCUCGUCAUACAAACUAACAACAUGAGCUCCAUUGCGGUGACAAAAAGCGGAAAUAAUACCUCCAUGUGGAAGAAAAUAAGUUUUUCAUUACGCGCGAUUGAUCAAUCCUAUAAAUUGGUUUUAGAGGUCUACGUACCCUAUUCUAAUUCGAGCAUCGGCGUUGACAACCUUCGCCUAGUUAAUUGCUUUCCAGAAUUUAUUGGAGAUUGUACGGAAGAUAUGUUUCGGUGUAACAACGGUUCCUGCUUAAACAGGACCCGUAUCUGCGAUUUCACGAAAGAUUGCCCCGAUGGCGAGGACGAAGCACUCGAGUGUGACAAGAUUCCGAAGAACGCGAGCUGUAACUUCGAAGAUGGUUGGUGCGGAUGGGCGAACGUUCCUGAAAGACCUCUAAAUUGGACUCUUCAUAAAGGUCCUACGCCGACCGAAAGAACUGGACCCAGUUACGAUCAUACUUACCGUAAUGAAACCGGAACGUACGCGUUUGUAAACAUGGCUUUUAAAGAUAUGAAAUAUGGCAGUCGAGGCACCAUUACAAGUCCUCUGUAUAAUCCAACACCACCUUACGCCAGCAACCCUAAAAGCCCUUAUUAUAAAUCAUGUCAAGUACGGUUUUUCUAUCACAAACAUGGUCCACAUGCCGCAUCUCUUGGACUCUUUUUGGUCCAAGUAAGACCACACGGAAAUCAUACCGAAAACUUGUGGUGGUCCUACGGAACUAAUAGCGAUAUUUGGUAUAACGAAGCUGUUGCUCUACCUGAUAUAAGAUAUAGGUACCACUUGCAAUUUGAAGCGUCCAGAGGGAUGUCUUCCAAAAGUGAUAUAGCAAUUGACGAUAUUUCUUUGAGUCGAGAAUGUUUUGGCAUUGGAGUUCCACGUGAAGUUGUAGGUAAUUUUAAUUACUAUGCACCCGUCGAGUCCGAAAUAAUACCACCGCAGCAUCCAGAUUUUGUAAAUGAGACAGUUAUUCGAAUUACUACUUGCGCGGCUUUCGGCAGAGCCGGUCCUACUGAUGAAAAAUGUACUGAAAAAUAUAAUAACACAAAUGUAGAAUUGUUCAUACCGCCAAUGACACAAGACGAGGAAAGAUCGGCCUUUAAUUUGUAUGGAGUCCAACGAUGGACUGCACCACGCGGUGAAUACUACACUUUAAUCGCCAUCGGAGCAGGAGGAGGUUUGGGCUCGAGCGAUACCGGCAUCACUUUGGGUGCAUUUGUUCGCGGUGUCAUAGAACUCCAAAAGGGCGACCAGUUAUACUUCAUGGUUGGUCAAAAGGGAACGGAUGCGUGUGCUAAAGCUCUUGGCUUAAAAAGCACUAUCUGUCCGUCGAAUCGAUAUGCCGACUUAUCACUAUCGCAGACAUCAAAAAUGCGAGAAGUGAAGAAGCUUCAGUUUAGCAAUCCUGGUGGUGGCGGCGGUGGUGCGACUGCCAUUUUCACAUUGAAAGCAAACGGUGAUCCGGAGCCCAUCUUAAUCGCGGGUGGUGGCGGUGGUUUAGGAUUGAAUCCUACUAUGGACGAUGGAUUACAGCAUGGACGCGGUCCCUUUCCCAUGGGUAGACUUUCAUCUUCUCCGUCCAAUUUUUCAGAACACAUGGGUGGACCUGGUGCUAGUUGGAAUGGUACAUGGCCUAAUUUUCAACGGAAGGCAUGGGGAACGCCAUUAAUUUAUGGAGGUAUAGGAGGUAUCGGUUGUGAAUCGGGAACCGAAAUUCAUGGUGAUGGAGGCUUUGGCGGAGGUGGGGGUGGUUGCCAAUCAGGGGGUGGUGGCGGAGGUUACAUUGGUGGGAAUGCUGGACAGAAUGAUGGAAGUGGUGAGGGUGGUUAUUCAUACGCCAAUCAGAAGCUCACCGAUGUUUAUUUCAAAGCUGCAGCUCAUUCUGGCCAAGGCGAGGUCUUCGUCAUACCCGCGAUCAGCGGUUGCGGUUGCGAUUACCGUUGCGUCACGUUCGAUCAGUACUUGAGUGAGACCAAGUGUCUCUGUCCUCAGGGUUGGUUGCUCAGUAACGAUUCAAAAUCCUGCAUCAUGGCUGACGAUUCCAAGGAUGGUCAUCAAACGUACAUGAUCCAACUUGUAGUUGUAAUCAUUGGCUUGCUUACUAUUAUUGGAAUUUGCCUAAUAUCUUAUAAACGGUAUCAAAAACAGAAAGCGCUUUCCCAUCGCCGCCAAGUGAUGUUUGGCAACGGCACUGAAUUAGCUGCAUUGCGUCCAGGACACCAGUCGGACACGAUGAUGACCGAAUACAACCCCAACUACGAGUUUGCUGGCAAUCUCUACAGCUUCAAGGACUUGCCGCAAAUACCUCGCGAGUGUAUCGAUUUAGUAAAACCUCUAGGCCAAGGCGCCUUUGGCGAAGUUUUUCAGGGCGUUUACAAAUACAGAGGUGACGAACACCCCGUCGCCGUCAAGACACUACCAUUUUUAUCCACGACGCAAGCAGAAGCUGAUUUCAUGAUGGAGGCGUUAAUAAUGAGCAAAUUUAAUCAUCCGAAUAUAGUACACUUUAUCGGCGUCUCUUUUGACAAACAUCCCAGAUACAUCGUUCUCGAAUUAUUAGCCGGAGGUGACCUUAAGAAUUUUCUACGUGAAGAACGGCCUCGAUCAGACCGACCUACAUCAUUGACAAUGCUAGAUCUUGUUAUGUGCGGUUAUGACGUCGCAAACGGCUGUAAAUAUAUGGAGGAAGCGCGUUUUAUACACCGAGAUAUUGCCGCUAGGAAUUGUUUGUUGACAACUAAAGCACCGGGUCGUACCGUUAAAAUCGCAGAUUUCGGUAUGGCCAGGGACAUUUAUCGAAGCGAUUAUUAUAGGAAAGGUGGCAAGGCGAUGUUACCCAUAAAAUGGAUGCCACCCGAAAGUUUCUUGGACGGCAUAUUCACUACAAAAACUGAUGUCUGGGCCUUCGGCGUGCUCCUGUGGGAAAUUAUGUCAUUCGGAUAUAUGCCCUACACCGGAUGUGCAAAUCGUGAAGUCAUGUCGAUGGUACAGUCUGGUGGUCGUCUUGAGAAACCCGCGGGAUGCCCAGAUCCUAUAUAUGGAAUCAUGACGCGGUGCUGGCAUCCACGGCCUGACGACAGGCCAAGUUUCUCUACUAUUGCUGAAAGAAUCGGUUAUUGUUUGCAGGAUCCUGAUGUAAUAAAUAAACCCACGCCUAAUUUUGACAUAUUGCCACAUAUUUGCGAUCGUGAGAUAACAAUUAUGAGACCGGAUCCGGAAGCGGAAUGCAUCAAUGUGCGGUCUAAUUUGGAUAGCGGUUACAUACAACCGAGGGUCACCGAUCCACGUUCCGUUGCACGUCGUGUGGAUCAAGCUAUGGGUUGCACCUCCUACGAUUCCGAAAAUGAAAAAUCGAUCGAGGAGAAAUACGGCGAGUCUUACGCGAAAUCAACGGGAUGUCAGCAAGGAUUCGGUUGCAACACCUGUGAUUCUAGUAUGGAUACCUUUGAACAAAUUUACAACAGUGACAAUGAUGAAGAUCAUGAUGACGAUGUGAUUGAAAAUAAGGACAAAAGUAGGAUCGACCAAUCGGAUCGACAAGAAAACAGGGCAAUACAUCGAAACAGUGACAUCGAAGACCACGAUAAUGUAGACAAUGGCAACAACCGUCCAGAGGAUGAACGUCAUAUGACUGCCAACAUCGAUAGCGCAAUAACGGAUCGUAAAAACGGUAAUGAGAGCACAACGACUACCGACACCAAUUCCGACUCUCUGAUAGCACAAUCCUCGGACACUCCGCCCGACACAAUAACGAACUCAUCGCCCAACACGCGCUCUUGUUCGCCAAGUCGUAUCAUCGGCCUCAACGCCAAUGUUAGUAAUGUGAACGGUAUGGUGAAGAAGAAUACCUUGAAGGCAACCCUGAGUCUGGACCCGAGCGCGCUCUGCAGAGGCACCAUCCCUUACGAGAAGAUCACCACACAACGCUUGAGCAGUUCAUACACGCCGGGCAGUAUGGAACUAAGGAAGGAUUCCCUGGGUCACGAGCUGCCAAGGGAGGAAGAGUGUUCCUGCUGAGAUUUAUCCGAGGGGGGUUGACGAGGCUGCCCGGCCGCGCUCGGCUGCAACGUUGCUCGUCGAUUGCAGCUGCAACGAUCGGCCACAACGACUGCGAUUAUAAGGGGUACGCAGCUCGUAGAACUCUCCUCGCCUCCGUGGGCUCAGGACAACGAAUACUCGCGUCGUUACUAUUCCGAGGAGACCCUCCUGUGAAUGAGAAUCGAGGGAAACCUUCGAAUUUCUCUUCAUAGACGACGCUUUUUUGAUGCGCGCCGAACAUUGGUUUCCAUAAGAAAGACACGCGAUUAUCGUAAGUAGAAAGGAAGAAAAGAGAUUGUUACAAAUGAACGCAAAACAGGCGAGUUAUGUACAUACGGAGGAGACGAAAGAUACCAAAUACGUAAGCAUGUAUUCAAUACGUUAAGCGUCACAUAUAUACACGUACAACCAUAUACUUUGCAAGAUGAUCUCGUCAAGUAAACUUCCUAAUUGCAUGAUAGCGAUGGGGCAGAAAUUUGUAAAAUUAUUGAAUCACUCGUUAACAUGGAUCUUUGAAUUAAUCAGAGUGACAUAGCUCGUGAAAUCAACGUUUAAAACGUGGAUACGUACUUGGAAAUUACAGAUUGGGAAAAUGUUUUUUGUGAUGUACAUAUAUUUGACAUUUAAAAAUCAUCUAAGAAAUGCGAGUAGUCUUGUCUUCGACAUAAAGUAAAUCCCUGGUUGAAGACAGUACAGCCGUAUUGUCCUAUUUAUUUACACGAUUAAGGAUUCCGACGGAAUCAAUACGGAUAUGAAGGGUACUAUGGCUGUCAAGUAAAAUGUUACACUGUAAUAUCGAUGUAAAAAAUCUCCGUAGGCUGAUCGUCUACCUCGUGACUCUCUCUAACCAAAGAGGCGACGAUCUAUGAACUCCUCAUUGGUGCACCAUCACUAUCGUAAAGUGGACAGCGAUAAAUGCGUCUUAGGGAAUAGAAAAGUGGGGGGGAAGAAAGGAAAUAAAAAGAGCACGAGCCCUUUUUUAUUUUUCUUACAACGACGUAUUUUACGUGCGCGUAGCGUAUGAAAGUCAGCCUAUGUAUCUGUACGUGAAACGUAAUAAAGGCGUGUUUAUGGAAGGUAGGGUGUAUUACUAUUUCAUACUUCCCUUCGAUAAUCAUAAAGUCAUUAAAUGAAUCUCAUAAAUUCGAUAAAUACUUAAA